GUGAUAUCCCUGAGUGGAUUAAAUCAGUCCCUUUUAAACCGUUUUGUGUUGUUUGUUUGUAAAAAUCUCAGUUGAGAUUUGAACAUUUAGCGCGUUUAUGUUAACCGGGAACGCGCAUGCGCAGUAGGCAGCGGCAGGCUUAUGCGGAUAUAAGGAUUGGCGCCGGCGCCACAGCUGAUGCAUUCAUUCAUUCAGCACCGAGGAGAAGAGCCAUAAAUACAUUCGACACAAUGUCCAGACGCAGCGGUCGCACCACUUUGCAAACCAGAGACUCAAACGCACCUGAACCGACUGUCCGAGCCCCACUGAAGAAGAGAAAGUCAGAGCCAUCCAAGAAGAAACUACAACCUGCCGCCAAGAAACAAAGCUAUGAAAUACAGAAGUGUUGGUCGGAGGAUGGCGCGAGUCCAUGUGUCCUCAUCGAAACUCCCCACAAAGAGCUGGAGCCUGCAGAUCCAUCCAGCUUCAAGCAGUACACAUUUAAGAACCUCUUCAUCAAGGCCUCCCCCAUUCCCCGCCUCAGCUGGGCCAGUUCGGACGACGUGUGGAUCAAAAUGCUCAACAAAGAGCUGAAGUACGUUCAUGACAAGAGCUACCUGCAGCGGCAUCCCAAACUGCAGCCCAAGAUGAGAGCGAUCCUGCUGGACUGGCUGCUCGAGGUAAGUGAGGUGUACAGCCUCCACCGGCAGACAACCUACCUCGCCCAGGACUACUUCGACCGCUUCAUGCUGACUCAGGAAAAUGUCAACAAAGACUACCUGCAGCUCAUCGGAAUCACGGCGCUCUUCAUCGCCUCCAAGAUAGAGGAAAUCUAUCCUCCCAAAAUCUACGAGUUUGCCUACGUCACAGAUGGCGCCUGCGACAUGUGGGACAUCCAGCGCACAGAGCUGCACGUCCUGAAGGCGUUGGACUGGAAUCUGUGUCCGGAGACGCCCAUCUCCUGGCUGAAGCUGUACUCUCAGGUCGAAGCCCAGACGGACGGAGAGAACUUCCUGGUGCCACAGUUCUCACAAGAAACGUACAUCCAGAUCACACAGCUGUUGGAUCUGUGUAUGAUGGACAUCAACUCGUUGGACUACAGCUACAGUGUUCUUGCUGCAGCUGCCUUCUGCCACUUCUCCACGUUUGACGUUGUUCAUAAAGUCUCGGGCCUGACGUGGGAGAGCGUGGCUCCUUGCGUCCGGUGGAUGAGUCCCUUCAUGGACACACUGAGAACAGAAGCCACACCUCAACUCAAGAGCUUCGCCAAAGUCAAAGCUGACGACAGACACAACAUCCAGACACACGUGGCUUACCUGGACCUGCUGAGAAAAUCUCAGGAGCGUCGGAUUGACAACCCCAACUGCCAGCUGUCGCCUGUGGCCCCGGGAACAAUGCUGACUCCGCCCAGCAGCACAGAGAAACCAACCAAUCCUUGAGCAGGACUCGACCAAGAGAUACACGCUACCUCCCUCUCUCUCCACAGUGACUCAGACCACAUCAGCUCGUCACCAAACAGGAUGCGAUUUUAGGAAAAGGCAAAAUACAUGUAGCAGGAGUUUUUUAUUUUUGUUUUAACACUAAGUCAGGAUUCCUGUCGGUCUUUGUAUUUGGUUUUAUUAGAACUGCAACUAUGGAGGCUGGCAGGGUUUUUAUUUACAAGUUAACUGGUUUGAGUUGAGCCAGCAGCAGCUACCUUGUAGACAAAACUGUCUUGUCUGCAACAGCGACUGAAGGAUGCUGGCAGGGAAGCAAACAGUCCGCUGGUGGCUGUGGUGGGUUGUGGUGUGUUUGGUUUUUUAUAAACCAUCUUGGUUUGGAAAAAACAUUUUGGUACCUGUGACGUAUUAUUUGGGAGUUUUACUGGUGCUACUCUUGAAACUGAGGCUUAAAAGCUCAGACGGUGCUUCAGUCAGAUUUUCAGGAAAAUGGAAAUCAUUUUCUACAACGAACAUUUCAUUCCACUCCUGAACUGGAGAAAUUAAACGUGUUUAAUUACUAUCCUCUCCUAUAUUACGUUAAGUGUGUAAACUUAAUCGCCGCUGCAGAGGAACAAGCGACGUCAUUUUGUGAUUGCUGUGUAACGUCCUGAAACCUGCAGGUGUCUUGAAUGCACCUGACCUGUUAUGGCUCAGUAAUUCCCCCCCCCCCCCCCCCCCCCUUCUAAUUUUAAUUAUAGUUGCAACCUGGUUGCACAAUCUUGUUACAUUCCUGGAAGACUUGACUUGACUUGCAUAGGAAACUUCUUACAAUUGUGCAAAGGUGUUUGCUUUUCUUUUUUUCAGUGCUGGUAUUUAUUAAGCCUUUUUGUGUAAAAACAAUGUCUGUAUAUGAAAAACAAAUCUUUCAGCAAUGAAUGAGCUCCGUUUGAUCACUGCAAAAACUAUUUAUGAUUUUGCUUUGACACCUGUUGUUGAAUUACAGUUCCUCGUUAAAUGUUGUACACUAGCCUGUCCUGUCUUAGUGCCUUUUAAUAAAUAUGAACUGUAUGGCUACUUCGUUGAAGCUAGAGCGAGCCAAAAGGCUGUGAGACAAACGAACAAUCCUGUGACUGUAAACCUGAAACCCUCCAAAGCUUGGAGACUGCAGUGAACAAACCAUGUAAACUGUAUGUAGGUGUUAAAAGAAUGUAUGUUUAUGUAAAUAGCACAAUUCAGAAAUGUGUAACUUUCUUUUAUAUUAUGUUUUAAAUAAAGUGAAAUGAAUUUGG